AUGGGUGUCCUGGAGCAUCAAGAACCAACAAUAGAGAUCAACGGCCUGAAGUUCACGUAUCCAGGUAUCGACGGGCACCCACCGCCUGGGUCGAAACCUCUGAUAGAUGAUUUCUCUCUCACUCUCAAGUCCGGUGACCGGUGCCUUCUCGUUGGAUCCAAUGGCGCUGGGAAAACGACAAUACUGAAGAUAUUGGGAGGGAAGCACAUGGUGGAGCCUCAAAUGGUUCGCGUGUUAGGAAGGUCUGCUUUUCACGACACUGCUUUGACGUCCUCCGGUGAUCUCUGUUAUCUUGGAGGAGAGUGGAGGCGAGAUGUUGCUUUUGCUGGGUUUGAGGUUCCCAUACAAAUGGAUGUUUCUGCAGAGAAAAUGAUAUUUGGUGUAGCAGGAAUUGAUCCUCAGAGAAGAGCUGAACUGAUCAAGGUAUUAGAUAUUGAUCUGUCAUGGAGGAUGCACAAGGUUUCUGAUGGUCAAAGAAGAAGAGUGCAAAUUUGCAUGGGUCUCCUUAGGCCAUUUAAGGUUCUUCUUCUUGAUGAGAUAACAGUUGACCUUGAUGUGCUGGCAAGGGCUGACCUUCUGAAGUUUCUAAGAAAGGAAUGUGAAGAAAGAGGUGCCACAAUAAUUUACGCAACACAUAUAUUUGAUGGAUUAGAGGAGUGGCCAACACAUAUUGUGUAUGUGGCUCAUGGGAAGUUACAGUUAGCAAUGCCAAUGGCAAAAGUCAAGGAGAUUAGUAAUUUAUCACUUAUGAGGACAGUAGAGAGCUGGCUGAGGAAAGAAAGAGAUGAGGAGAGGAGGAGAAGAAAAGAAAGAAAGGCAAGUGGUCUUCCAGAAUUUCAAAAACAAAUGGAGGGAAGCCGAGUUACUGGUGAUCCAUCUUCUGCUGCUGUUCGUGCUAUGAACAAUGGUUGGGCUGCUGGUAGACUGCACUCAACCAUUGCAGGUGAAGAGAACUUCUUCUUAAGCUCAAAUAGAGUUUUGAGACAGUAGGCAAAAUAAUUCCGAUAAAACAGUUAGUUCAAAAGGUCCCCGUUUGUUACACAUGAUCUCAAAUUGAUUCGCAUAUCCUUGAAGUAUGACUGGCAAGUGGCAAGUUUGUUCACAAGUUUUUCUGCAGCAAACAUUUGAAAAAGAAAAAUAAAUGCAACAGCUUGUAUCAUUGUAUUCAUUUAGUUAAAAUCCAUAUGCAAUGGAUGUAUGAUUCAUUAUGAAUAAAUAAAGUUGUCAAUGUUUGUCUUCUA